AUGGCGCUUGUGCAGGAUAGGAAGUUCUUAAUCAACCAAAUACGUGCUCAAUAUCUUUCAAUUGCUGAUAAUGAUCAAAGUAGGAGAAUAAUACGACGUUUCAGUUUAGAUAAUGAAGAUACAGAAUAUCCAACUCAAGAAAUCAAUGAAGAUUAUGAAUUGCUGCUAGAAAGAGUAGAAUCACCACCUAUACCAAUCAAUGUCUUGGAAGAGAAUGAAUUAUCAAGGAAAUUACACCUUUCAAAUGAACAAGUAAAUACCAUAAUUCAUGAAUCUGAUGAAGAAGAUACAAAUAUAGAGCAUGAACCAAAACAAAAUACAUUAGAAGCACCUGUGAUGAUUGAUCCACAUAAACCAGAAUCCAAAAAUUCUGUUUCUACAAUUAAAUUAGAUCAACAUGAUCAUGAUAUUACACCUCAGGCUCAUCAAGAUGAAAUAUUACAUGAUUCACUAACACCUCAAAUUACUCAAACUUCUUCUCAUAUGGGUAAAAUGUUACCUAAAAUUAGUUAUAAACCACAAUUUACCAAAUUAUUUAGAAAUUCAAGUGAAUCUUCAUCAAAUAAAAGUACUUUGGAUUCUAAAAAGAGGGAAAGGAAGAAACCAAAAGAUGAUAUAACUGAUGAUGAUGACGAUGAUGAUGAUGAAUAUGAAGAUGAUGAAGAUGAUGAAGAUCUGGAUAAUGAUGAGCUUGAUAGUAACAAUACAUUUGAUGAAAGUGAUCUUUACAGUGAAACUACAAGUGAUCGAACUGAUAAUCGUUCAAGAGCAAACACUGGCGGGAGUGAAUUAGUAAAUUUAGAAGAUAUUGAUGGAAGUAAUAUUAGUAGAAGACAAGAUGAAAAUGGUAUUCUUGUUGAUCAAAAUUAUUCAGAUGUUAAUACCACAUCACAAUUAGCUGAACAAUUUAAUGAUAGUAAAUAUCUUUAUGGUGAUAAUUCAAUUUCUUCAGUUGAUGAUCAAUUAUUAUUAGAUUCAGAUUUUUCAGAUGAAGAUGAAGAUGAUAUCAUUGAUAAUGCAAGAUUACAAUUAUUACAUAUCAAAGAACAAACAGGUUCAGUAAGUGGAUUAAAAUUAAAUAAUAGAAAACUAUCAUUUGAAAAACAAUCAAGACCAAAAUUAAGAAAUAAAAGAUCUUCAUCAUUAAGUAUGAAAAGUAAUGAAAUUACACCAAAUGAUAAUUUGAGACCUAUAAGAUCAUCUUCAAAUUUCUCAACAACUUCUUCUUCAAUGGAACCUUCUUUAUCAUCAUCAAAUUUUGAAAAAACAACAAUUAUCCCCUCCAAAUUAAAAUUAACUUCACAAUUAACAAUGAUGAUUAAUAAGAAGAACAACGUCAGUAAUAUUGAUCCAUUAGAAUAUUAUGUCUUUGUAUCUGGUGAAAGUAUAUCAAAUAGAUUUGAUGUAAUUAAUAUGACUGUUUAUUUACCAAAUGAAGAAACAAUGAAAUUGAAAAUAAGGAAAACAGUUACAGUUGUGGAAACUAUCGGAUUUAUAUUAUUAAAUAUUGUUAAAACAAAACCUGAAUUAUUAUCAUCUUCAAAUUUAUUGAAAAAUCCAAAUAAAUGGUCAUUACAUUUAAUUGAUGAUGAUGGAGAACCUUAUGAAGGAUCAUUUGGUCUUAUGGACCGUACCAAGAUAAUAUCUUCAUAUGGUGAAGAUGAAGUUGCAAUCAUUGAAGUUAAUGAUUCAGAAUUUCAAUUAAAUGAAAUUAAAACUCCACAACCAAUUUUGGAAACUGAAUCUAAUUCAAAUACACCAUCACCUUCUAAAGGAACAAACUCAAACACAAUUAAACAAAGAAAUUAUUCAACUUCUAUAAUACCCAAAAUUGAUAAUGAUAUUAAAGAUGCUGCUUCUUGGAAAUUACAGGUUUAUAAAUAUCCAGCUAGUCAAGAUGCUUCAUAUACAGGUAUUGAAUUACCAUUAACUGCUAAAUUAAAUGAAAUAUUAAUAAGGUAUACCAAAAUUAAAGAUCUUGAUCCAACAGAUUAUCAUAUUAAAGUUGUUGGUGAAGAUUAUAUAUUAGAUUUAAAUGACUCAAUAAGUUCUUUAGAUGGUAGUUAUAGACUUGAAGUAUUAACUAAAAGAAAAGCAAGAGAAUUGAAUUUAAGAAAGAAAAAAAUCUUGGAUAAUAGAACUUUACCAACUAUUAAUUCAAAUUUAACACCACAAAGUUUAUUAGUGACUAAUGAUAUUAAUAAAGAUAUUAAUGAACAACGUCAACAGGACGAAGAUGAACAAUUAAAACAACAACAAUUACAAGUCCCACAAAGACCUUCAAUCUCAAGACGUCAUUCUCUUUCAUCAAAACAAUUUUCAUCAUCAUUUACAAAACAUGGUAUUUCUUCAUCUUUUAAAAAUAAAAAUGGUUCUAAAACUACAUUGAAAAAUCCAGAUCAAAAUAAUAGUAAUUUACCGCCAAAUAUAGUUACAAAUGAAUAUCAAAAAUAUACAGUUUGGAGAAGAUUACCAAUGAAAUUUAUAAAUCGUCAUGAACGUUCUUUUGCAAUUGAUGGUGAAUAUGUUUAUAUCAUGCCUAAAGAUGAAAAAAUCUGGUAUGAGAAUAGCUUUAAAACAAGAACUUUUCAUGUUAGUCAAAUAGUUUCAUGUAAAGUUUCAAAAAGAAUCCCUGCAAAUUUUAAAAUUGUGGUUAUGAAAACAAAUGGUCCUAAAAGGUAUGAUUUUGAAGCUUUAAAUCCUCAAGAAUCUUUGGAAAUUAUUUCAAAAUUACAUAAGUUGAUGGAGGUUUACAAGAAUUAUCACUCUUCACUUUCUUGA